GGCAAGGCGCUCUCUCUCGUCUUCCCUCUUGUGUGCUGCUCCGGGAACUAAUUGAGUGUGUGGGGAGCGCUAGGGCUUGCGAAGCAGGGGACAUCAUCAUCGCAGCCAAUUGUGUGUUCUGUUGUGGUUCUAGAGGUGGGGAUCCAUCAUCGGCGGUCGCAGAUUGUUGCGUGCGUCCGCGUCCGAGCUCGGGGGUUUUGGAUCGGCACACCAUGAAGAUCUCCGUGAAGACUCUGAAGGGGAACCACUUUGAUCUGCACGUCGCGGAAGACGAGCUGGUCAGCUCCGUGAAGAGGAAGAUAGAAGAGUUGCAAGGAAAGGAUGCCUUCCCUUGCGCGCAGCAACUUCUCAUUCAUCAAGGGAAAGUUCUGAAAGACGAGACAACCAUGGCUGAUAACAAGGUGGCAGAGAAUGGCUUCCUCGUUGUGAUGUUGACAAAGACGAAAGCAACACCGGCACCAGCAGGUGGCGCACCCGCGUCGUCGUCGGGACCUGUCCAGGCUCCUGCAGCACCCGCUCCAGCUCCAGCUCCAGCUCCUGCAUCAACGUCCACGCCAGCGCCAGCGGCACCUGCUCCGGCUCCGGCUGCGGUGGCAGCAACCCCGGGUGCAGGAGCUCCAGCAGGCACGGGAGAUGGAUAUGGUCAGGCUGCAUCAAACCUUGUCGCAGGGUCUGCUCUUGAGUCAACAGUGCAGCAAAUUAUGGACAUGGGGGGAGGAACGUGGGAUCGCGACACUGUUCUACGCGCAUUGCGAGCUGCUUUCAACAACCCCGAGAGAGCCGUGGAGUAUCUUUACUCUGGGAUACCUGAAGCUGCGGAAGUUCCAGCUCCUGUAGCGCGCGGUCCUCCUGCGGGCGGAGCACCUGUCGCGGCGGCGCCAGCAGGCCCUGGUGCCGCAGGCGCAGCGGCAGUAGCAGCGAAUCCUCAAGGACCAAAUGCCGCCCCUCUGGAUCUGUUUCCUCAGGGCAUGCCGGGCGCAGGCGGAGGAGGUGCUGGGUUAGGAGCAUUGGAUUUUCUGCGGAACAACCCACAGUUUCAAGCGUUGAGGACCAUGGUGCAAGCCAACCCUCAGAUUUUGCAGCCUAUGUUACAAGAACUGGGGAAACAAAAUCCCGCUCUGCUGCGGCUGAUUAAUGAAAACCAGGCGGAGUUUUUGCGGCUGAUCAAUGAGGCGGGCGCUGAAGGCGCGGAAGGAGGGGAUGCUGUGGGGCGGCUGGCAGGAGGAUAUCCGCAGUCUGUGAACGUGACCCCUGAAGAGAGAGAGUCCAUUGAACGGUUGGAGGCCAUGGGAUUCAAUCGAGCGCUUGUAAUCGAGGCAUUCCUUGCGUGCGAUAAGAACGAGCAAUUAGCUGCGAACUACCUCCUAGAACACGCAAAUGAUGAGGAUUUGUAGCUGUAGGAUGGCACUGGGUCGUGACUGUAAAUUUGUUGUGUCACUUUGCAGGAGGAGUUGUCGUGCGUUCCACGUGUGAAUUGUAAAAGUAGAGGCGUUGGGCUGUGGGUACAUGAAACAAUACCAGGCUGUAGAGAUCAUGUUGAGUUGGCUGUGGUGUUGGAUGGUUGGAAUCCGCGUCGCCAGUGGUGGUGUGUAACAGAGUCGUUUGUUCAAAUUAUUUAGAUCGACGCAAUCACUACCCCUCCUGCAUGUGAGCAAUAGCAACGUCCAGGAAGCGAAUUUUUCGUGGUCGCUUUUCGCGGACCCAGUGCAUCUGUAGUGGUGAAUAAAAGAUAUAUAUAUAUAUAUAUAUAUAUAUAUAUAUAUAUAGCUCUGAAAU